AACUGAAAGACGGAACAAGGAAACGACCUCUAGACGGAUCUUUGGUUCCGCGUUCAUUCAUUGGAGGAGCUAAUGGGCGCUGAGAGGAGUUCCCUGGACUGUUUUCAAGGAUUUCAUGGUUUUUAAUGGUCUCAGUGUCAAGUAAAGCGCACCGGUAACCCGUGCGACGUCAGCAAAGUGAACCGGACCAUCGACAUGUCGGACGAAGCAAGUUCUCUGGACGGCAAUGGCAAGGUGUGUCGGGUCAUCCGGAUUGGAACCCGCAAGAGCCAGUUGGCACGCAUCCAGACUGACAGCGUGGCGGCAAAGUUGAAAGAACUGAACCCUGACAUCAACUUGGAAAUAGUUGCCAUGUCAACGAUAGGAGACAAAAUCCUUGACACAGCUUUAUCUAAGAUUGGAGAGAAGAGUUUGUUCACCAAAGAGUUGGAGAAUGCUCUGGAGAGGAAUGAGGUUGAUCUGGUUGUUCACUCGCUGAAAGACCUUCCCACCACUCUGCCUUCAGGAUUCACCAUCGGGGCUGUGCUGAAGAGAGAAAACCCCCAUGACGCAGUUGUUUUACACCCAAAACAUGUAGGGAAAACUCUUGACACUCUGCCAGAAAACAGUGUGAUCGGCACCAGUUCACUGCGCCGCGCCGCUCAGCUGAAGAAGAGAUUCUCCCACCUGGAAUUCAAAGAUAUUCGUGGGAACCUGAACACGCGUCUGAAGAAGCUGGAUGAGAAGGCGGACUUUGCUGCCAUCAUCCUGGCUGCUGCCGGCCUCAGGAGAAUGGGUUGGGACAACCGAAUCAGCCAGAUCCUUGGGCCUGAAGACUGUAUGUAUGCUGUUGGACAGGGGGCUCUUGCAGUGGAGGUUCGGGCCAGAGAUGCAGACAUCCUGGAGAUGGUGUCUGUCCUCCAUGACCCAGACACUGUGCUACGCUGCAUAGCUGAGAGAGCUUUCCUUAGACACCUGGAGGGUGGGUGCAGUGUUCCAGUGGCUGUACACACCGAAGUGAAGGACUCCCAGCUCUACCUGACGGGGGCAGUGUACAGCCUGGACGGAUCAGACAGUCUGAAGGAAACCAUGCAGACUAGCGUUGCUGCUGAUGACAAGAGCAUAGAGGAGGUGGACGAGCAGUCCCAGCGGGUGGGAGUCACAGCCAGCAAGAUUUGUGGCGAAGCCCAGGACAGGGCUGAGCAACUGGGGAUCGACCUGGCCAACUUACUGCUGAGCAAAGGAGCCAAGGAGAUCCUGACAGUGGCCAGGCAGCUCAACGACGCCAGAUAAUCCCGCCCUGCUCAGGGGCAGGGCUCCGGAGGUGGCCAGGUCCUCACGUGCAGUCAGUCACUGCCUUGUGUCAAGAAAAAACUUGAAUUCCUUUUUAUUUUACACAUUUGAAGUUGCGGGAGAACAAUUAAUAAAAAGUGACUUACAGUGGCACUAGGUUAUCUCAGUAAAUGGCAGAUUUGAAACACUACUCGGACCAAAGCUCAGUGUGGUAGAAACUUACUGGGAUUAACAGUGAAAGCCCAAAAUGGCCUUUAAAUAAUGUUGUCAACACUUACGGUACCAUCACUGGCUGAUAUCCUCAUGGUGAAACUGCUUUUUGUUUUUGUU